GGUCACCGAAAGACUCAAGAGUUCAUCAAUCUCAAUUUUUAUUUUAGGUGCACAGGCAAAAUUAGACGACGCAACGAAAAUCCAUCCUGCAAAGCGGACAUGGCAGAAAAGCUAGAAAAUCAACCUAAGAAAAGUAUUUUGAAACCUUCAAGGCACUUUGAAGACCCUGCUAAUAGACCUGAGGAUGGCAUCACCUGGGAUGAGAUGAACAUCCUAGCCACGUAUCAUCCUGCUGACAAAGACUAUGGCCAUAUGAAGGUGGACGAGCCCGACACGCCGUACAAUGAAUACAACGAGGCGGAGGAUGUCGACGAUGAACACGACGGUCAAAAUGAGAUCGCUGCUGCUACGCUCAACGCAACUGAACUCAACAAGAAAUUAGAAGGGCCGUCUAAGAAGGGCUGGUGGGAAGAGGAGAAUCUGCAGGAAUCAAGUGAAGAGGAUGACGAGGAGGGACUCACAGAGGAAGAGAAAAAAAAAAAGAAAGAGUUUUGCAGCAAGAGGAAACAUCAUUACGAUGAGGCGUACAACAUCAAAUUGGCAAAGCAGCUGAUCGAGCAAGAGCUACGCGAGGCAGAGGAGGAGGAAGAGGAGGAACGAAGAAGAGAAACUUUGACAUCUCAAGAUGGUUGCAAUCAGCCAACAGAGGGGGCGUCGGUUGAUAAUGGUAUCGCCAUGCAAACGGGUGAUUGAACCAGCUCCUAUGGACACUUGUGACCUUCGACCUCCUCAGGUCAAAGGUCACACACAGAGACACUAUGAUGUGUGAUAGCAGAUUGCUGUAUGUUAAGUAUUACUUUCAUCAUGAGUGAAUAGUAAGUAUGGUCUUUUAGGUGCUGCAUAAUCAUGUACUGUAUAAGCCUUGUUUAGACGUUACACAGUGAACCAGCUGUAAAAAAAAAAA